AUGGCUCGUUCAAAACCGGUCAUUAGAUUCCAAGUAAUACAUUAUUAUCUUAUUCCAAUAAUAGCCCUUAUAGUAUGGUGGGGGAUGUUAAUUGCAAUGUUAGCAUGUUGGGGUGCUCAAGGUCGACCUAUUUAUUCAUUCAUGAAUGGUGCACACCAAAAUCCUGUAUAUAUUUCAGAUAUUGGAGCAACUAAUCUUCAACCUUUGUUUAUUUCAUGUACUGGAUUUCAAGCAAUUUUCUUUGUUGGUACUUUAGUAAUGGAAUUAUAUUUACGUAAAGCUGAGAAAAUUCAACCUUAUGUUUCAAAGCAUCAACCAAGAUUAGCAAUUGCUAGUAUUAUAUGUGCAAUUUGUGGACAAUUGGGUAUUUUAUUCGUGGCUAUUUUUAAUACUAAAAAUUUCCAUAGUGUUCAUAUUUCAAUGGUUGGGAUUUUCAUUGCCUUUUGUUUCUUUGCUUGUGUUUGUAAUUUCACCAUUUCAUGUAUUUUUGGUUUAAAUCCUAAAAAAUUAGAUCCAGUCCAUGAUCAAGUCAUCUUUGGUAAAAGUAAGACUUCAAACCUUUAUUUCAUUUCUUUUGUUUUGAAAUUGAUUUGGUUAUGUGCUGCAGUAGCAUUUGCGAUUUGUUUUGGUACUUAUAUGCAUCAAGAUGAAGAUUCAAAAUCAGCCGUAUUCGAAUGGUUGAUUUCCUUUUGGUAUGGUUUAUUAUUAGUCAUGUGGUCAAUUGAUUUAAUUCCAAGUGCAAUUAGAAAAUACAGAUUUAAACAUCCUCAUAUCUACCCAAGAUAUCAAAAUCUUAAUGAAGAAAGUCAAUGGGAAAAAGACUUAAGAAAUCAAGGAAUGGACAAUUCCUCGUUAUCUGCUGAUGACCAUCCAACUUAUGUGGCAUCAGUUAAUCGAGUUGUAUAG